UGACAUUGCUGUUUGAUUAAUUAUACAUAUUCAUGUUCUGCCAGCUCAAUAUUUGUGUUGUGUUCUCAUAAUUAUUUUAAUAACUUGUGUUAUAAUUUUUAAGUUUUACCGAGAGUAACUUGUUUUUUAUUAGUUAUACAAAUUUAUAAUGGAACAGCAAGAAAAUGUUCAACCAACAUUUGAAGAAAUCCAAAUACCUGUACCAUUUGGUUACGUAAGUGCUAAAUGGUGGGGACCAAGAGAUAAGCAACCUAUAAUAGCUAUACACGGAUGGCAAGAUAAUGCUGGAACUUUCGAUCCUCUUAUUGAAUUACUCCCAAAAGAAUUAUCUAUACUAUGUAUAGAUUUACCGGGACAUGGACGUUCUUCACACAUACCUCCAGGAAUUCCAUAUUAUUUAUUUUGGGAUGGUCUUACAAUAUUACGUAGAAUAGUCAGACAUUACAAUUGGAGGAACAUAUCCAUUAUGGGUCAUUCUCUAGGAGCUGCUAUUGGUUUUUUGUAUGCUGCAUCCUAUCCCGAUGAUACAGAAAUGUUGAUAUCAAUUGAUACUGUAGCACCAGUAGUCUUUAAUCCAGCUGAAAUUGUUAAAAAUACUGGACCCUUUCUUGAUAGGUUCUUUUAUUAUGAGUCAUUGGGUACUGAUAAAAUGCCAGCAUAUGGUUAUUCAGAUAUGAUUGACCUAGUAAUGGAUGGCCAUCAUAGUACAUUAACUCGUAAAGCAUGUGAGACCCUUAUGAAACGAGGUAUGUAUCCUGUGAAAGACAAUAAAUACUUCUUUUCAAGAGACACAAGACUUAAGGUAGCAUGGAUGGGAUUACCUUCACUUGAAGUGUUAAAAGAAUUUGCUGGUCAUGUAACAUGUCGCUAUUUCAACAUCAAAGCUAAACCAUAUAGGCCGUUAGAUAAUUGGCCAGUAUAUUCAGAAUUGCUGGGAAUAAUUAAAACAAAUGCUAAGGAAUAUUUAUAUAAAGAAUAUGAUGGUACUCAUCAUUUGCAUUUGAAUAAUCCCGAGUGUUUGACUUCAGAUAUUACUGACUUCAUAUUACAGUCUAACAAAUCAUAAUGCAAUCUUAAAAAAUAACAUGUUAACAGAUUAGCAUUACCAACUUAUGAAACAGUUCUUGAAUUUGCAAAACAAAUUCAUUGUCGUUACUUAAUGAUAAAAGCGGUUCCUGGUAGAGUACGUGAUAAUUGGGUAUUAUACAA